AUGAAGCUUCCCUCCGCCCUCUUGGCGGCAGCCAUCCUUGGCUUGGCUACCGCCUCGCCCCUCGAUCUGGACCGCCGCGCAACCUCCAAGUCCUGGGCCGGCACAAGCAACUACUUCAUCCAGGGCCUCUCGGCCGAGGACCAGCAGACGUAUCUGAAGCAACUUGCCGCGGCCGGCAUCAAGACCAUCCGUCUCUGGGUCAACAGCCAGUCGGGCAAUGGUGCCUGCGUCAAGGGAAACGUCAGUGCCACCAGUGUGCCGGAGCUUGAGACCACCAUCGGCCAGUACAACAACGAGACGCUCGACGCCCUGGACCAGACGCUAGUGUGGGUUGGCCAGAACGGGCUCAAGGCCAUCAUCUCGCCUCAUGAUGGGAACAAGCUCAACGGCGCAAAUGGAAACGACAUCUACGGUCAAACAUAUGGCUCCGGCAGCUUCUACGAGGAGCAGGCCGCAUACGACGCCUACGACGCGCGCCUCCGCUUCAUCACGUCCUACACGGGCAAGCACAGCGGCAAGACCUGGCGCGACUGGCACGACGUCAUCAUGGCCUUUGACCUGCAGAACGAGCCCUUUGCCCCCAAGACGGACGAGUGCUCCAGCAACGGCGCCGCGGCCAAGACGUGGGUGUGCGGCCGCUCCGACGCCCUGAGGGCCGCGCUCGGUGCCGACAACCCGAUCAAGAUUGCCUCGGGCGGCUUCGGCGGCGACUACUCCAAGGGGUGCUCGUUCUUUGAGGGCGCCAUGAGUUGCUCGUCCCUGGACAUUGUCGCCGUCCACCGCUACGCCGGCUCCGAGUCCUCCAACCCCAACCAGUGGGCCGACAGCUACGCCGGCUGGCUCUCCUCGGCGGGCGGCAAGCUCGUCUUCCUCGAGGAGUGGGGGGUCGACACGGGCGCCCUCGACCCCAAGUCCGAGUUCCCCGCCAACACGGCCGACAUGAACGCCGGGGGCCUCCCCUGGGUAUACUGGCAGCUGCUCCCGAGCAAGAAGUGCGACGCCUCCGACGGCGACCAUUUCGGCUUCUUCAUCGACGGCGGCGUCGACGUCGCGGCGCAGGCUGGAGGCGCGUCGGCCGCGACGUCCAAGCAGGACUGGACGGGCAUCGUCUACUGA